GCGGGCCCGCGUGGCCCCGCCAGCCACGGGAGCGCGCCUUAGCGCUUCGCGCACGCGCGGCGCACACAGCGCGCCUUCCGGAAACCUUCCAAGUGGGGUGGGGCCCUCGCCGGAGACGUGGUUGCGGGCGCGUCGGCGGGCGGGCGGUGAUGACGCGAGGGAGACAGCCAAUGGCGAGCGGCGAUGACGCGCAGGCCCGGAGGCCAAUGGUGAUCGGCCCCUGCCGGCGCUCCCGCCCCCGACCGCGUCGGGCGGUCGUCCGGCGGGAAGGGGGCGGCCGCUUGGGCAGGAUGGCGGCGGCGGCAGCCGCGGGUCCCGGCGCGGGCGCGGGGGUCCCGGGCGCGGGGGGUGGCGGCGGGGCGCGCGAGGGCGCGCGGGUGGCGGCGCUGUGUCUGCUGUGGUACGCGCUGAGCGCGGGCGGCAACGUGGUCAACAAGGUGAUCCUGAGCGCCUUCCCAUUCCCGGUCACCGUGUCGCUGUGCCACAUCCUGGCGCUGUGCGCCGGGCUCCCGCCGCUGCUGCGCGCCUGGCGCGUGCCGCCCGCGCCGCCCGUGUCGGGUCCCGGCCCCGGCCCGCACCCGACGUCCGGCCCGCUGCUGCCGCCGCGCUUCUACCCGCGCUACGUGCUGCCGCUCGCCUUCGGCAAGUACUUCGCGUCGGUGUCGGCGCACGUUAGCAUCUGGAAGGUGCCGGUGUCCUACGCGCACACCGUCAAGGCCACCAUGCCCAUCUGGGUGGUCCUCCUGUCUCGGAUCAUCAUGAAGGAAAAACAGAGCACCAAGGUGUACCUGUCACUGGUCCCUAUCAUCAGUGGAGUCCUGCUGGCCACUGUUACAGAGCUGUCUUUCGACGUGUGGGGGCUGGUCAGUGCCCUGGCAGCCACGCUCUGCUUCUCCCUUCAGAACAUCUUCUCCAAAAAGGUGUUGAGGGACUCCAGGAUCCACCACCUGCGACUGCUCAACAUCCUGGGCUGCCACGCCGUGUUCUUCAUGAUCCCCACGUGGGUUCUCGUGGACCUCUCCACCUUCCUGGUCAGCAGCGACCUGGCCUAUGUGUCUCAGUGGCCCUGGACACUGCUGCUCUUGGCAGUCAGUGGAUUCUGCAACUUUGCACAGAAUGUCAUCGCCUUUAGUAUCCUCAACCUCAUCAGCCCACUCAGCUACUCAGUGGCCAAUGCCACCAAGAGGAUCAUGGUCAUCACUGUGUCCCUCAUCAUGCUACGCAAUCCAGUGACCAGCACCAAUGUGCUAGGCAUGAUGACUGCCAUCCUGGGGGUCUUUCUGUACAACAAGACCAAGUAUGACGCGAACCAGCAGGCUCGGCGCCACCUCCUCCCUGUCUCUACGUCAGACCUGAGCAGCAGAGAGCAUCUGCGGAGCCCAAUAGAGAAGCCCCACAAUGGUGCACUGUUUCCUCAGCAGGGUGACUUCCAGUAUCGCAACAUUCUCCUCACAGACCAUUUUCAGUAUGGCCGCCAGAGCCACCCGAACUCCUAUGCCCUCAGCCGCCAUGACGUGUAGGUGUCAUCAGGCCAAGCUUCCUGCACCACCUCUGUAAGCCCAGCAGCCUGGCUGAGCACGUAGCAGACCAGCAGGGGAGCCCUAGAGCCUGAUGGGCUGUGGGACAUGACCACAACAUGGAUGGCCACAGGCUCUGAUCCUGGUUCACUCUUCUGCUCAGAGGCCAUGCUCUGCUUUGGUGCACAGAGGUGCCCCCAGUACAUGGCAGAGGUCUGAUCUGAACUUCUGGUGACAACAGGGAGCCACUCUGCAGAACUGGCAUUGCUGUGCCUGCAGUCCUGGAAGCUAGCAGGAGGUGGCAUCUGGGGCUUCAAGGAGAGGACAGCGGGGCUGUAGUCCAGAGGUAUGGAGAGCUGACACAGGUGCCAUUAUGUGUCCUCAGCAGCAGUGCUCCAGGAUGCUCCACGGCAGUAUGCCACUUGUACUUUAGUGCUGCUGACGUGGGUGCCUACAGUGACCAUCGGUUCAUCAGUGAUCGGUGUGGCCUUCCCCUGCCUGUGAGUGUCAGAGCAGGACACAGCCCUUCACUCCCGGUCUGAGUGGCCCUUGGACUCCAGAAGGGGUGGCCAGUGUUAACCUUGGUUGCACCCACACCCUUCUGAUGUUACAGAAGGCAGGAUGAUGGUGAUGGCAAUUUCCCCAGAACCUCAAGUUUCCCUGGAGAAGCUUUGGAGCCUAGGUCCCGGCAGGCACUGCACCAGGCUAGCCAGUGGGUGGAAACCAUCUUGAUUCAUUUCAAAAUGUGGGAUGUUUGUUACUGGAGCAGUCCUUUGGAGCUCAGUGGUAGCAAAGUAAUGCUGAAACAUCUUGAAGCUGCAGCCAGAGUAGCAGAAGAUGAAAUCUACACUCCAAAUAUAGUGUCGCUUGUCAGUGAGGAAAUGUCCAGCGGAUGGGACAGCCGGACGGUCUUAAGUUUUUACUUAAGAGUCAGUUGAGGCUGGGAUGGCAAAGUGCCUGCUCCGCAUGCAUGUGUUGGUGGCUUUGUUCUCGAGCAUCACAGAAAGCAACAUAGUGGUGCGGGCCUACCUUUCCAGCACUCGGAAGCAAGGUCAGGGUCCUCACCUACAUAGUUCCAGACCAGCCUGGACCACAUGAGAGCCUAUCUCAAGAAAAAGAUCGGUUUUAGGGACCUGGCCUGCUGGAAUACAUCCAGGGGUUGAGCCUGGAGGAUGGACACGAGUUUGAAGCCAAUCUGGGCUACAUAAUGAGACUGUCUCAAAAACAAAACGUUUGGGGACUCAUCCUGGUGACCUACUCCUAUGGUCCUAGCUGCUCAGGAAGCCAGGGCAGGAGGGUCUCCCAAGCCUGUGAAUUCAAGGCCAGUGUGGCAAUGCAAGGAGAACCUUUUGGUUCACAGAAAUAUGGGUUCUGGUGUGGGCACAGCAGACCAAUGGUGGUACCCAAGGAUUGUGACAUGUUUUCUUUGGCAAUCAAGGCACUAGUUUUGGGUUUUUUUGUUUGUUUUUGUUGUUGUUAUUGUUUUUGAGACAGGGUCUCAUAAUAUAGAUCAUGCUGACCUCGAA